AGCACCUCGGCCUGGCAGAAAACCUGACCUGACGACAAGAUGCAUUCUCUUUCAGUGCGACUUGUCCUUCCCUUCUGCACACUUCUCUAGCUCGUACCACCGCAGCCUUUGUUGCAUUCCCUCGUUGUUGCGUGCUUCCUCCCUGCGUCGAGUGUUAUCGAUAGAGUGCCGUUGCCAGGAAACCGCCGCCGCCGCCCUCAAUAACGGACAGGGUGAUCGAAUAUCGCGUUUCAAGCGGGCUCCCUCGACCUGUCGCCCAUCUUCCAGCAAUUCGGAGCGCAGGACCCAGUGCUGCGCAAAAGGCAAACCCCUACAUCCCCGAUCGGCCUUGCCCAUUCCUGUCCUCCGGCGAACCUAGCCCGCCAGACCAUGGCCCCAGCUGCACAUGCAGGCAUGCAUGGCCUCGACGCCGUUAAGAGCCCCAACCCGCUCGCCCUGCAGUCUCCGCAGGCCUCCCAUGCGACCAGUAUCUCGUUGAGAGACCGCCGAAACUCACUGCACCCUCUCCGACAGAACGCUCCAUCCAUCGCAGAGCAGAAGGUGGACGCUUUCGACGACGUGGACAUCUCAGACUCCAUCCAACCGCCACCUUCCGCACUCACAUCGGCGACUGCCACUGCCUAUAACCCGCACGGUGAGGUGCCCUCCCCUCUCGAGAACUACUCCUCUUCACCCCGUACAUCACACCAAAGAUCUCUCACCGGCACAUUCUUCGACAACUGCCAGCCGCUUAUCAAUCGCGCCACAUCCACACUCCAACAACAUACUUCGCGCACAUCUUUCCACUCACCUACCAAGUCACUGGCGAGCUUCAUCCCUUCCAGGAGCGCACUCGAAUCGAAGGCAAGCCAGCCCAACAUCCGCGCGGGUGCAAAGGCGCUGCAGAACUGGUUCAACGGCGCGACUACUGGCGCAAGCGGACAGGUAGCAUUUGGUGUGGGGAUACGACAGGAAGACUCAGAUUCAGACGAGUACGAUUCGGAGGAGGACGACAUCGACGACAACAUGAUGAGUGGCAUCUUCAACCGUGGAACCUCGCUCACGCGCGCGUCCAAUGAUUCGCAGGAGCCCCGUCAGGGUCCAACCUCCACCAAGCGCCCCGCGAUGCCUUUGUCGACGUCAACAGCGAGUUCGAGAUUCGCUUGGCUGCUCAACACACAGAAAAAUGCAGCAAUACCGCCGCCCGUUGCCUCGCCUACCUACCACAAUCCCGAGGACGAGCUACUCAACCUCAACAUCUCGCAGGCGCUGUUCCCGCACGGCCCUGUCGAUCCGCUUGCGCCUUCGUCAUUCAAUGACCUCCUCUCGACUGCCGAAUCGCUGCUUUCCCGAUACCAGACUUCGUACCGCCAGCUCUCCACCGCGCUGGUAGAUGCGCGCGCCGAGCAGAGCGCACAGGACGACGAACUCGACGAAGCAGAUACACGGAUCAUGCAUCUGAAGUCACAACUAGAGACCAUGGCAGCGCGCGCAAACGACCAGGACGAGCAGAUGCGCAGACUCAUGGAGGAGCUCAUAUUCGAGCGGCGCGCCCGAGAGGAGGAAGAGGCCGCGCGGAAGCAGAGCCUCGCCAUGGUGCGCAGGGACACGCACCACGACACGCAGGACGCAGACAGCGUGCACAGCCCGCGCCGGCGAAACCGCGUGUCCAACUCAGAUGUUAGUGUUGACUCGGGCUUCGAGUCCGAGUGCGAGACCGACGCCGCGAGCAUCUUCUCGCGCAACAACUGCCUCAGUCCGACCGGCACGGAUCUUUCUUCGGUGGCGGAGACGGACGAUAGACAGACCACGCCCAAGGGCAAGAAGCCCGCGCUGCAGACCCGGAGUAGCACGUACGACAAGGUACGGGACGGGACGGCGCGUCUGGAGAACAACAACGGCUGGGGCUGCACCAACUGCGAGGGCGGGUCGCAGGCGGCGGUGUGGGGGCGGCUAGCGAGGGAGCGCGAGGAGAACAGCGUGCUGAGGCGGCGUGUGGGCGAGCUGGAAGAGGCGGUUGAGGGGGCGCUGAAUGUGGUGGAUGGGCCGUGGGGCAUGUAGAUGAGAAGUAUUGGAUUAAUUCCUGUGCACACUGGUAGGGAUGGAUUGGCAGACUCGUACAGGCGUCUGAAGAGGGCAUUUAGCAUCAGAUUGCGUUUUGCUUAUUGCAUUGUAUGGCAUUGCAUGGACUCAAUGCCGCAUAUCUCGACCUCGAAGGUCUUGGAAUCAACCAACGAUUUA